AUGCCAAAAGAAAUCAAAGACAUCAAAGAUUUCUUACUUAUUGCUCGACGCAAAGAUGCUAAAUCAGUGAUUAUCAAACGUAAUCCUGAACAUGGUACACGUCAAGGAAAUACCAAAUUUAAAGUUCGAUGCAGUCGUUAUUUGUACACAUUAAUUGUGGAUGAUAAAGAAAAAGCUGAAAAACUCAAACAAUCAUUGCCACCUGGUCUUAAUGUUAAAGAAAUCAAACCAAAAGGCAAAAGCACAUAA